AUGCCUUCCGAAGCUGGACACAGACAGGACAAUAGGGGACGCCACCUGAGCUAUCAGCGCUCCCGCCACAACACCCACCCUGGCACCAGCCUGAUCAAGAUCGAGGGUGUUGACGACACCAACGCCGCCAACUUCUACCUCGGCAAGAAGAUCGCCUACGUCUACCGUGGACAGAAGGAGAUCCGCGGCACCAAGAUCCGCGUUAUCUGGGGCAAGGUUACCCGGCCACACGGCAACUCCGGUGUCGUCCGUGCCAAGUUCACCUCUCCUCUCCCCACAAAGUCUUUCGGCGCUUCCGUUCGUGUCAUGCUGUACCCCUCAUCGAUAUAA